AUGGAUGAUUCAGACUUCGAUGGCCCCUCUGAUAUUGAGUUAGAGUUGGACAGGCGGCCUCAAUUCCAGCCUCAGCAUAGUUACUGCAACGGCGAAACUCCCCCUGAUGCUCAAUUAAACAAUCCAUGUGCUGUGGGCCACCGGGUGCAGGCCGUUCGCUCCGUUCUCGCCUUGGUCAUCGACGAGGAGUGCGUUUUUGCUGGUCUGCAAGGUGGCGAUAUUGUUGCUUGGUCACUUGAGACUUAUGAACUGAUUCUUUCAGUCAAAGCCCACCAGGAAAGCGUACUGGGCUUGUAUCUAUCUGACGACGGAAGCUUGCUGUUCUCGAGCGGUGGGGACUCCGUUGUUAAUGUCUGGUCAACGAGGACGUUCGAACGCCUCUAUUCAAUUUACUCGCACCACGAUGUGGGCGAUAUUUUCACUGCGGUUUACUCAACUAAACUGAAAACUGUUUAUUGCGGUGCUCAAAAUACAAGCAUUCAAUGGUGUGAUGUCCAACUGGAGGCUCAUCCGACCCCGCCGGCUGGAGUGCAUCCGUCAAGCAGGAGACAUCGAUUUUUCGAUUCCAAGGGUCCCGGUGGCACUGUGACUCUAAACCCUGAUGUUAGCGAAGCAGCUGCAAAGCUUGGCCAUGGUGGUCAAACUCUCACUUUCAAACGAGACCACCACAAACCAUAUGCCCACAAUGGCUAUAUAUAUUGUAUGCUUUUGAUUCGAGGCCUAGAGGAGUGGGCAAAUGGUGAGGAAGUGCUUUUAACUGGCUCGGGAGAUGGAUCAGUCAAGCUCUGGGAGCUUGGCAAUGGUCCAGAUGGUUCUCCGGUUGAGCUGGCUGAGUUUAAGAAUGGCAGUGAUUCUGUACUGUCUAUUGCGGUUGACGGUGCAUUUCUUUACUGUGGACUUUCAGGAGGCGCAGUUUACAUUUGGAACCUGGAUUCUCGUCAGAUCAUCAGGAAGCUCACAGCCCACAGCGGAGACCUUUGGGCGAUUGAUGUUGUCGGAGGCAUUACUAUUACUGGUGACUCCUCUGGUGUGAUUAGAAAAUUCAACUCCAGAUUUGAAGAGAUCGGCUCAUGGGUUGCUCACGAAGGAACUAUGCUGGCAUCAGCCGCAGGUGUUUUCGACGAUAGGCGUAUCUAUGCCACUGGUGGCAAUGAUAACACCGUAGCCAUUUGGGAUUUAACGGAACACCCACAUGAUUCCCGUGAGGCCCCUGCAAUUGGCAACGAUGAGAUGGUCAAUAGCCUGGCAAAGUUUGUUGCCUUUAAAACAAUAUCUUCGAGACCUAAGUUUGCCGGAGAAUGCAACCAGGGCGCGGCUUUUCUCCGUCGUCACUGCAAUUACCUGGGAGCUCAAACUAAACUUUUGGGCACGGGACCAGAUACGAACCCGAUUGUCUUUGCGAGAUUCGAUGCCGUUUCAAAGUCAUCGACUAGCAAGACUCUAUUAUUUUACGGCCAUUAUGAUGUUGUUGGUGCAGAUACCAAUCAUCUGAAAUGGAAUAGCGACCCAUUCCAACUUACCUCAGUCAAUGGGUUUUUGUAUGGUAGGGGUGUAUCAGAUAACAAGGGCCCGGUCCUCGCGGCUCUGUAUGCGGCCGCUGAGUUAAGCCAAAAGAAAGCCUUAAGUUGCAAUGUCGUUUUCUUGAUUGAAGGCGAAGAAGAAUCUGGUUCCCAGGGAUUUGCCAAUACAGUUAAGAAACACAAGGACUUGAUUGGGAAUGUUGACUGGAUUCUCUUGGCAAACAGCUACUGGCUAGAUGACCACAUUCCGUGCCUGACCUACGGCCUAAGAGGAGUGGUCCAUGCCAAUUUUGUCGUGACAAGCAGUAAUCCAGAUUUGCACAGCGGUAUUGAUGGCAGUUCCCUUCUUGACGAACCAUUGAAGGACCUAACGAUGCUGCUGGGCACUAUUGUUGGUGCGAAAGGGAAAAUAAAUAUACCAGGAUUUCAUAACCCAGUUUUACCCCUGACAGAGGUGGAAAAGGAACGAUACGACGCAAUUGCUGAAGCCCUACUUCCUCACCAUCCAGAGAUUGAAGAUAGUGAAUCAUUCACUGAUUCUCUAAUGCAUCGUUGGCGUGAGCCUUCACUCACAAUUCAUCGCGUCGAAGUCCCAGGCUGCCAAAAUACGUCGACGACUAUCUCGCGAAAAGCACGAGCCACACUUUCCGUCCGUCUCGUACCAAACCAAGACGCAGGCAAGGUGGCCGCCGACCUGACAGAAUUCGCACAGGCCCAAUUUGCAAAAUUUGACUCCCAAAACACCCUCACAGUCGAAAUAACGGGUAAAGCGGACCCCUGGCUAGGAGAUCCAGAGAACGAUAUUUUCAAAUCGCUCUCCCGUGCCGUAACUGCAGCCUGGUCUUCUGCCAAAGGAGAACGGCACUACAGCUACCCGCCAGUAAACAUACCAAACCAGUUGUCCCGGCGUGAACUUCUCCACACAAACUCGACAGAUAGCAUGGCUUCGCGGUUCGAUCGGAUUAUCUCAUCUUCCUCCUCAGCACCCAAAACCAGUUCGGGACACAGACUUUCCACUUCUGCUGUUCCGACCUCUUCGACCCUCGCUCACGGCCCCGACUUACCAAGUGCAAACCUUCCUAGUAGACCACGCGCGCUCUGCAGACAUGGUGCAUCCUCAUCCACUUGUGAAAUCAGUUCCGCAGCGGCAGUCGUGGCAGCAGGGGGGUCAACGUGUCAUCACCACCUCCAAGAUCCACAACGUUCCCACACACGAACCUCUACAUCGACGUCUCAGCCCCCAUUAGCUCAGCCCCGCUCUUGCCAAGUAGUUAAACCAAUUUACAUUCGUGAGGGCGGUUCGAUUCCAACAAUCCGCUAUUUGGAGAAAGCAUUCAACGCCCCCGCGGCCCAUUUACCCUGCGGCCAGGCCAGCGAUCAUGCGCAUUUGGAUAAUGAGCGAUUGAGGGUUGAGAAUUUGUACAAGAGUAGGGAGAUUAUUGGCAGAGUGUUUAGGGAUUUGGGGAGGGAUGAUAAGAGUGCCGUAGUUGAGGAUGAGGGGAGUGAGAGUGAUAGAGAGCCUGAGGAAGAUUUGGAGGAGUAA